ACGAGCACUCCCACUCCCACGCACACUCACACGCCACGCCCGCCCGCCAUCUUCACAAGACGUGCAGGUUCGCACUCAAGCUGCGCGCACCCGCUGACGUCUCUUCAUAUCCCGCCCCCGACAACUACUGAGCUAGACAAGGCCCGACGCGCAAGAGGAAGUUGCGACGGUUGCGCAUCGCAUUGUUUCGGCUGCCUGCGCAAGUGACGCGAGGGAUCGGUCGCGCUGGUUUUCUAGUUAGAAGGUCGUCUCUGUCGUUGUUCUUUGUCCGCCGUCGGCUGUCAUCAGCCCGGGGCUAUCUGUAGAGAUUUUUGAACCCUUUGAGCCCGUAGCAUAAGCCGUGUACCUCUGUAUUGAGCCCAUCUCUCCGUGACACACCAUGGCCGAGGACAUACGCCGCUCCGGCCGCGCCAACAAGGGCCACCACUCCAAGACGCAGGACGCCCUCGACGAGCCCGUUGUGGCCACCAAGUCCAAGACGACCAAGCCCAAGGGCGACAAGAAGGCCCAGUCGCAGGCCCCGGCGCCCGCCCAGACGCAGACGCAGACGCAGGACGAGUCGCGCGCCGGCUCCGAGCAGUCGGGCGACCAGGACGGCGAGGACGAUGCCAUCAUCCGCUGCGUGUGCGGCGACCAGCGCGACAUCCGCGGCCGCCAGAUGAUCUGCUGCGACCAGUGCGAGGCCUGGCAGCACGUCAAGUGUUUGGGACUGCAGGAGGGCGACCACUGGGACGCCGAAGACGCCACCUACCACUGCGAGGUGUGCCGUCCCGAGGACCACGGCGAGCUGCUGGCCGCCAUGAGCCGCGGCGAGAAGCCGUGGGCGCGCAAGAAGGGCUCCAAGCCAAAGGCCCGUCCCAGCGACGUCAGGCAGGACUCUGCCCCCGAGAAGACCAAGACGCCCCAGCAGUCGCCGCCCCUCGCUGCUGACCCAACCCCCGUCGAGGCGCCGUCUCCCUCGCCUGCACCCGUCACCGCUGAAGUCCGCAACGGCCACAGCGAGCCAAAGAUCAAGAAGGAGGCGCCCAAGAGUCAGCCCCAGUCGCCCGUGGGCGAGAAACGGCGUCAUGACGACACGGCCGAAAAGGCCAAUGCGAGCAAGAAGCGCAGGAGGUCGUCCCAGCACCAGGACAAGACCACAGCGCAGCCUUCAGAGAUUGUCGAUAUCGACGCGCUCCCCGAGAUGCAGAAGACGCUGGCAGGGAAGCUGCGCGACAUCCUCAUUCCGCUGAUUAAAUCUGCCUCUGACGCCAGGGGCUAUCGCAUCCCCGACGGCGAGACGGCAACAUCACUCGCCGCGCGCUUCUCCCUGCACAUCGCCCUGGCCAGCCUGGAGCAGUUUGGCGAGCCGACGGGAGCAGCCUCGCCGUACUCGGAUCGCUUCCGCGCUAUCAUGUUCAACGUCAAGAAAAACUCCCUCCUUGUGGACCGCCUACUCUCUGGAAGUCUAAAGGCACAGGAGCUCGCGACAAUGCCCACCGAGGAGAUGGCGAGCGAAGACGCCCAACGCCAGUACGCCGCCAUGAGAGAGGCCGCCGAGAAGCAGAUGAUCUUGACCGAGGAAACCGGACCCCGUCUGCGCAAAACCCACAAGGGCGAGGAGGUGGUCGACGACGACAAUGCCAACGACAACACCGAGUUCAGACAGCCCCAACUACGAGAGAGGGAGAGCAUAUCAGACGACCAUCCCCUGCCACCCCUGCCAUACGAUCGCCCUGCAGACAGCCCGGCGGAUGCGGGUUCCGUCGACAUGUCCAAUGCCCAGCCUGAUCUCGUACGACGGCCAUCGACGAACUUCGACAUCAACUCUGUUUUCGACAAGGUGCGCUCACCUCAAAACGACCAGCAUUCCUUCCUGCACCGCCGCCGAAGCUCGAUGCGGCAGGAGAAACCGCAGGGUCCCGUCGACGAUGCAGAUGUCGAUCGCCUGCUAAAAGACGAAGACAACGAUGUCGAAAUGUCAGGGUACUCGGCCGAUCCCACAGUCUGCUGGCAGGGCACCAUCGGCAUGCAAUCCCAAUCAGCAGAAGCCUUCGACGCCGUCGCGCGCUUCGUCGCAGGCGGCGACUUCGGCCAAGUAAUCCCCUGGGAGAAACUCAUAUCCAAAUCCCUCUCCAUCCAAGGCCGCAUCGAAGGCGUCAAGGGAAACGACUACAUCCGCACAAUCGGCACCUCGGAAAGCCACGACGUCGCCAUCCUAGCCGUCAGCCCCACCACCCCCGACGCCCGCGACAAAAUGGACAACCUCUACACGUACUUCCACGAGCGCGCGAAAUGGGGCGUCGUCCCCGUCGAUAACCUCGGAAACGACGUCAUGCGUGAUCUUUACGUCAUCCCUGUCGAGGCCGGCCCAAGCAAUCUGCCCUCGUUUAUCGAUAUGCUGGAUUACUGCACCAUUGAGACUCCGCGCAAGGAACACCUCAUGCUGCUCGUUUUGGUUGCUAAGCUGCCGGAGGAUAAACCACCGCUGAUAGCGCAGACAAUGCACUUCGAUAUGCCGGUCGCGCAGAUGCUGCCUGCUAAUGCUCCGAGUCCGAGUCCCGUCGCGGCUAUGCAGUAUAGUCCCAUGUUCGCUCCCAACCCCCACACUAAUACAAACACACCACAACAGCAGCAAGGCGCCUACGGAAACCCCUUCGCGACAAACAGCGGCGCCGCCCCCGCGCCCUCCAUGCUCCCCCAACUCUCUCCCCCGCCACCACCACACCACCUGAUCCCCCAAGCCAGAGAGAUCCUAGGCCCGUUCAUCGACGCGCCGGUUAUUAUCCAGAUCUUGGGGAAUAGUAUAGCGCUUAAUCAAGCGGUUAGUGUUACUCAAAUGGAGAAUUUAAGGCAUAUUCUUGAGAAGGUUCCGGAGGCGAGGGCGGAUGUUGGGGUGCUUAGUGGGCAUUUGAGGGGGAGGGGGGAGUGA